CGCAUCGCCCUUCAGUGGAUUUUCCCAAAGUAAUACUCUUAGCCUAAAAAAUAAUGCGCCAUGCAUAAAAUCAAGCAGUGGACAAACCCUUCUGUGGGCUGGGCUAGUGUAGAAUUACAGACUGUAGAGGAGGGGCAUAGAGCGCUUCUAACAGACCGACCCAGACAAUGACUUUGUUGUUGCAGGUCGACAAACUUUUCCAGGUGAUGCGUGCCAUCCAGCGACGGCUGCGACAGUAGACUACCGCAAAGCGCAUCAGUACCAUCCCGGGGUAGACUUUUAUAAGACAGUUUUAGAGAGGGAAACAAGGAUUUAAUCCAACCAUGUUCUUCUUAUUAAUGUUUAUUGCUUGCCUGUGGCUGCAGUGUGUACUCGCCCAGACCAGAACCCAGAGCAUGGUGGUGGAAGCUCGUAACAUCACGCUCCCAGCAGGCUCCAACGCCUUGCUGCCGUGUCACAACCAACGCAUCGUUUGGCGGCAGGAUCGUCUGCGGGACCGGCAGCGUGUGGUGCACUGGGACGUGUAUCGCAGCCGCCCACACGAGGGGGUGGAGCGCGUGCUGGACCUCUUCCCUGGGGGCAGUGAACGCCUCUACAGCAACUACAACAAGGGCCGCAUCAACAUCUCACCCGACGCGUUCAUUGAUGGCAACUUCUCACUCAUCAUUCAGAAUAUAGGGGCGAAUGACAGAGGCCUCUACACAUGCAAUUUGCAUCACCACUACUGCAACAUUCACCAGGCCCUUCAGAUGCAGCUCAAUAUCACCAAGUCAGCCCAUAAGGAGAGGCGUUUUUGGGAUGGAGAGAAGUCCGUUUUUGUGGUCCUGGCGGGGAGCACCGUAGUUCUGCCAUGCAUGAACCGCCGGCCGCUGUGGACCGAGGGCAGCCAGGAGGACCAGCAGCAGGUGGUCCACUGGGACUGGCAGCCGCCGGGUGUGCGUCCAGACGGUGCUGAGCGCCUGGUGGACCUGUACGCCUCGGGCGAGGAACGUAAAUACGGGCCGCACUUCCUGCGCGAGAAGAUGAACAUCACGGCGGACGCCUUCUCGCGUGGCGACUUCUCCCUCCGCAUCUCGGACCUGCAGCCGACGGAGAAGGGGCUAUAUGUCUGCCACCUGCAUCACCACUACUGCGGCCUGCACGAGAGGCGCAUUUUCCGCCUCAUUGUGGGUGCCCCCCUUCUUCAGCAACCCGUCCCCACAAGACCCCGGGAACUCCCGCCAACAGAAGUGCCCGCCAACAAUGAACCUACCAAGAAGCUCACUGUUGUUGAGCUACCCUUCCUGGAGAAUAACGAGGAUCCAAACACAAACAUGGUGGAGACGGCGCGUGUUUUCAAUGUCAUCGUGCCAGAGCCACGCAGUCACUUCCUCAACCAGCUCGGCUACGUCUUGGCCAUCUUCCUCCUGCUCACUCUCAUCGUCGCCGCGGUGAUCCUGCUCACACGGAGCCGCAGGAAGAGAGAGCUGGAGUAUGAUGUGUGUAGAUCUGAACGGGGACAGCCGAGGACAGCCAUUGAGAUGGAACCCACUGGCCUGAAGAACUGCAAUCAGGAUGACCUCAGGGACUACAAGAACAACAUAAUGAAGGAGCAGGCAGAGAUGUCCUAUGCUUCCACUUCAAGAGUCAUAGACCUCAAUAAAGAAAUGGAGAAGCGGUCAUGGAAAUGAGGUGCUGCCUAACAGGCUGCUGGCUGGCCCAGAGCGAAAGGACUUGGCGAUGAGACAACCAAUCGGAGUGCAGGGAGACUCACGAAUGAAGCCAUAAAGGAGGUGUUGCCAUUGUGUCUGCUGUUCAAUAAGCUUCAUGCUACCAACUUUGCUGUCUUAUCUGAUACCCUAUGUAGUAUGUUUAUCACUGCUAAAGCUAUAUAUAUAUCUAGGAUAUUGUAUGCUUUAGGUUGUAGUGCCAUACAUUGACAUUAGUGGUUAAGCUUGCAUUAGCCCCUCGACGAGAUCGAUAUCAAUACACUGUGUCAUUGUUAUAAUGUUCUUUUUUUAUACUGUUACUGUUUUUUUACGUAUUCAAAAAGAAAUAAAAGGAAUGCUGUUGAUAAUGUA